UUUCCAGUGCAGCUGUUGGUCUCGAAUCCCUCCAUUUGAAGUGGAAUUUUUCCAGCAAAAGGAAGCAUCGUCUGGUACCGAGGAUCUUUCUCCGUAUUUAAAAUUAUAUUAUAAAAUCGAUUACAACGCUUGAUGUAGUGCUGCUCCAAAACCGAACCGAAAAUGUCGGUGUGAAACGAGAUUAUUCGCGGAAGAUAUCGGAAUUUUGUAAGCUUCUGCCUGAUUGAAAGGAUCCGCAAGUAAACGUAAGUAUUGUGCGAGUAAGCGUAAGUGGGAGAGAGAAAACCGUGUCGGAGCGAGAUACAACUGACGAAAGCCAACGGCAGUGCAAACAACGAACUUCGAACAAGCCAACCACAGUAGGCUGAUAACAAUAGACUCCGAACACUAGCCGCAAAAGAAAUUCAAUAGAAAUAUGGCUACCUUCCGGAUUCAUGAGGAUUUGGAGAAGGAGAACCGCGUUUUGGCAGCUAAAAAAGUUGCCACUGUCGGUGGUGGGCUUAAACCACAGCCUCAACAGAUUCAACGUUCCACUUUCAGUGUGUUGAACAACUUGGCCGGCAACAAGCGAACAGAAGGACUAGUAGCUGGAGAAAAAGCAAUUUUGAAAGAUACAAAACUCAAAAUCAAACAUCCUGUGACCACCAAAACCAAAUCAGACGAAAACAACGUUGUACCAGUGAAUCAGGCAAAAGCCGUAUUUAAACCAGUUGAACCCUUCAAAACGUUCCAGGUGUAUGACGAUUCAAAAGAGAAUGUCACUGAGGCAUCGACCGCGAAUAAAGAUGAUACCGUCAUUGAAGGUAAACGGGAACCAUUACAGGAGCUCAAAAAUGUUGAGCUUCUUGAAACACCAAUGUCCGUCAGCGAAAGUCUUUCGCCGAUGUCGGUGGACAAAUCCGUUGCUCUGGUUGAGGACACCUCUCUGAUUCCUCGAAACGAUCGAGAGCGCUUCUUCGAGGUGGAAGAAUAUCAGUCGGACAUUCUGACGUACCUCAAGGAAGCUGAAAAGCGCCACCGACCGAAACCGGCAUACAUGAAAAAGCAACCGGAUAUAAAUCACUCGAUGCGUACCAUCCUUGUGGAUUGGCUCGUAGAGGUCUGCGAAGAGUAUCGCCUACAGAGUGAAACGCUUUGCUUGGCAAUAUCGUACAUCGAUCGGUUUCUCAGCUUCAUGUCAGUAGUACGUGCUAAACUUCAGCUGGUCGGCACAGCUGCCAUGUUCAUUGCAGCCAAGUACGAGGAGAUCUACCCGCCAGAUGUGGGCGAGUUUGUGUACAUCACUGAUGAUACGUACACAAAGACGCAGGUAUUGCGAAUGGAGCAGCUCAUCCUUAAAGUGCUCGGCUUUGAUCUGUCCGUACCAACCACGUUGGUAUUUACCACCGUCUACUGCGUAAUGAACGAUGUGCCUGACAAGGUGAAAUACAUGUGCAUGUAUCUCUGCGAACUCUCACUGCUGGAUGCCGAUCCGUACCUCACGUAUCUGCCAUCCAAAAUCGCGGCCGGUUCGCUGGCUCUCUCCCGCUACGUGCUCGAUUUACCCAUCUGGUCCCGCAUGCUCGAAACAAAUACCGACUACUCGUUGGAAGAUCUUAAAGAUAUCAUUCUCGAUCUAAACAAGACACACCAAAAGGCCGAGUCACUCGGGCAGCAGGCGAUCCAAGAAAAAUUUAAAAGCAAUAAGUACAUGCAAGUGGCUACAGUUCCCGCCACAGAGCUGGCGGAGGAUACUUUUGACAAGAUGUGCAAAUCGUUGGCAGCGAUAGCAUCCGCUGUAUCGGAAACAGAAUCUUCUUCCACAGUCCCCACAGCGCCAAGUGCCCCUCUCAGCCACAAUGAUUCGAUGCGGGAAAUGAUGUCCUCGUUGUUGUUUGUCUGAUAGACGCUCCCGGUCUGCCCAUCUCCUUUCCUAUUCCGUAGCUGCAGCAAAUGUCUUUUUGUGUUUUUAUAGGUUUAUCGUUUUUUUUUAUUAAUUUAAUCCACACCUAGAUCUACUUAUUUUUAAUUUGUUUUUGUCCCCUCUCCCCCCGCUGCUGGAGUCAUGAUUUGUUUUUCAUUGUAUUUUUUAUAACUUGAACCAACCUCAACGAAACCGAAUUAUAUGACGACGUAAUAUUUAUGAUGAAGCACCUUUCAAUGGCACAAAUAAGUUUCAUGGCCAGAUCAUACGUAUUAACCAAUAACUGAUCGAAGGGAGAGACAUACUUUUUAACGAAAUGUUUAUUUAACUUAAGUGAAUGCAUCAAAGUUAACAUAAUAUUCAAGGUAAUAUUUACUCGAGUGAGGAAACGAUAGUUUUAAAGAAGACGAUAAAGUAAGAUCCUUGUGGAAGUUCAUUGGGGGAUUGGAAUCUAAUUCAAGGGGAUAACUAACACCAACAGUAAUAGUUAUAAUUUAAUAGGAACUCGAAUUCGGAAUUUUAACACGUUGUUGCCACUUCGAAUAAACAGGUUUUUAUUGGA